UAUUUGGCCGUACUCAUCAUUAAUUGCUUAUGAUUUAUAUUCCUUUAUUUAUAUCCUUUUUGUACAUUGACUAUAAGGAGUUCUUUUUAUAUCUCCAACAUUUAUUAACCUUUCUGCCUCGUCAAUCGGAACUGUAACACGUUCGUGUUUAUUGAAUCUUGACUGGUUGGUAAAAACUGUAAGCCAUGUCUCUGCUACACUGUCCCAUUCUUCCUGCAAAGGCACCUACAUGUCUCUCUGCAAAUCGUUACAGUUCCAGUUUGGUAGUAUUUCAAUGUUGUAAUAAUCCAAUCACCAACAACACACGUUUCAAGUUUUCAACUAUUGUAUCUGCCUUGCCUGAUUCCUAUAAGCAUUCUUCCAUUUCCUCGUUCAGCCAGUUGAUCGAGGAUUUAAUUAGUGGGAAAGACUUGACGGAAUCCGAAUCAGAAGAUUCUCUUGAUUUCUUGUUGAAUGGUGCUGAUGAAGCUUUAAUUAGUGCUUUUCUUGUUCUUUUGAGAGCUAAAGGUGAAACCUUUGAAGAAGUAGUGGGAUUGGCAAGGGCAAUGAUUAAGCAUUGUAGACAAGUGGAAGGAUUAGGUGAUGCAGUUGACAUUGUUGGGACAGGAGGAGAUGGUGCAAACACAGUGAAUAUCUCAACAGGUGCUUCAAUACUUGCUGCUGCUUGUGGUGCAAAAGUUGCCAAGCAAGGGAAUAGGUCGAGUUCAUCCGCUUGUGGAAGUGCAGAUGUGCUGGAAGCACUGGGUGUUGCAAUUGAGCUGGACUCCGAGGGGGUAAAAGAUUCUGUAGCUCAGGCUGGAAUUGGCUUCAUGAUGGCUCCAAUCUACCAUCCGGCAAUGAAGAUUGUUAGACCUAUUCGGAAAAAGCUGAAAGUAAAGACAGUAUUCAACAUCCUUGGUCCUAUGUUGAAUCCAGCAAGAGUGCCUUUUGCUGUAAUUGGAGUUUACAAAGAAGAUCUGGUUGACAAAAUGGCUAAAGCAAUCCAAAGGUUUGGCAUGAAAAGAGCACUGGUUGUUCACUCGGAAGGUCUAGAUGAGAUGAGUCCCCUUGGGCCUGGAUUAGUCCUUGAUGUCACCCCAGAUAAAAUUGACAAGUUCAGAUUCGAUCCAUUGGACUUUGGCAUCCCUCGCUGUACUCUUGAAUGCCUGAGAGGUGGAGGUCCAGAAUACAAUGCCGAGAUGCUUAGGCGUGUGCUCUCAGGAGAAAAAGGGCCGAUUGCUGAUGCGUUUGCCCUAAAUGCAGCAGCAGCAUUACUGGUCAGUGGACAUGUUAAAAAUCUGGCUGAAGGAGUGUCCUUAGCUCGCGAUACACUACUUUCCGGGAAAGCUCUGAGGACACUUGAUACGUGGAUACAUGUGUCCAACAGGGUGAAGGAUGCAGCUCUUCGGGUUGGUAAACUUUCUGCUUGAAAUUUGAUGGAAAGUACCACGCUGAACACGUUACACGUUCAAAAUUUGUGGCUGAUCAAGAUUGAGAAAUGGGCAUAGCGGUUAAAAUACUCAGAAAUCAAAGCCAGAAUAGAAGACACUUCAAUCAACUUGUCAAAAUUGAGGGGGUCAAAAAGAGCAAAAAUAACUGGCAGACCUUUUAGCCCUCUUAAGAUUUUGAGGGCAGAUUAUAUGUACUCAUAGAAGAAAUAACCGAAGUGAUAAAGUCUGAUUGAGAUUUGUUUCGAUCAAUGUAUCCUAAUAUCCUUUCAAUUUGGAAGGAAGAAUAAAUAUGCACUUCUUGCACAAAUAUCACUUUACAAACUA